AUGUCAACGGCCACCCCGCCGUCCCCGUCUCCCUCUUCUUCUGGAACCCGCCCUCUGCUCCGGAUCGGCGCGGCCCGUCGUUUCGCCAUGGCAUUUCCGUUGCUCUUCGCGGGGGUGCUGGUGGUGUUGGCGGCGGCGCCGGCGGCGGAAGCGGGAGCGGGAGGAGGGAGCGUCUGCUUCGACCGGGUGUUCAGUUUCGGGGACUCGCUCACGGAUACCGGCAACUUCCUGCUCUCCGUGCCCGACGACUUCCCGGACCCCGCGCGGAACCUCCCCUACGGCCAGACCUUCUUCGGCCGCCCCUCCGGCCGCUACUCCGACGGCCGCAACCUGCUCGACUUCUUCGCGGAGGCAUUUGGGCUGCCGUAUGUGCCACCAUACCUUGGCGGCGGGGACUUCCAGAAUGGUGCAAACUUUGCGGUCGGCGGGGCAACUGCCCUCAAUGGCUCAUUCUUCCGUGAACGCGGUGUGGAGCCUACAUGGACGCCUCACUCCCUUGAUGAGCAGAUGCAAUGGUUCAAGAAGCUUCUCCCAUCCAUUGCACCAUCUGAGACAGAGCAAAAGAAAAUAAUGUCCAAUUCACUUUUCUUUGUGGGAGAGGUCGGCGGAAAUGAUUACAACCAUUUAAUAGUUAGGGAGAAAUCUCUUGAUGAGCUACAUGAAGUUGUUCCUAAUGUUGUUGGUGCCAUAAGCUCGGCCAUCACGGAUCUUAUAAAUCUUGGAGCAAAGAAGUUAGUUGUUCCAGGGAACUUCCCAAUAGGGUGUGUCCCAUUAUAUCUUGCAAUCUUUCAGAGCCAAAAGGAGGAUUACUAUGAGGAACAAACAGGCUGCAUUAAGUGGCUUAAUGAAUUUGCUGAGUACCAUAAUAGGAUGCUUCAGGAGGAGUUGGAGAAACUCAGGAAUCUUCACCCUGAUGUGACCAUCAUUUAUGCUGAUUAUUAUGGUGCUGCAUUGAACAUAUUCCGUACCCCACUCCAGUUUGGUUUCACAGUUCCACUGAAUUCGUGCUGUGGAAGUGAUGCUCCGUACAACUGUUCCCCUUCAAUAUUGUGCGGGCGUCCUGGAUCUACAGUGUGCCCUGACCCAUCAAAAUACAUCUCAUGGGAUGGUUUACACUUCACUGAGGCGAGUUACAAAGUUGUCAUUCAAGGAGUACUAGGGGGGUAUGCCAAACCCCCUCUUUCAGAAACCUGCAAGGGUGCGGAAUUCAAAGUUUCUCAACUUCACCAAUGUACAGAUAAUCCAACAAACACUGUAUCAUACGAUGCUUUGAGCUCUUUUAUUUGA